GUUAAUUUAUUUUGAGAUAGCAUCUGCUUGAUAUUAAAUCACCAUUUUUUUUAGCUUAUGACUAGGAGUGACAAAACAGCAAGUACACGUGUCAAAAGCCCAGUUCUUGACCCUCCAAUCCUGAUAACAUGUACAAAGUGGAAGCAGAUGCCUCAAAAUUCAUUCUCACACUUGUGUAUGAAACUAAAACUACCAGUACCACAAUGGCCUAAUCUAAAUGUUAACUACUGUUGGGUACAACCACCAUAGUCGGCAGCUGGAGCCGAGCCUAGCUGAGACGAGCACGCCGAGAGUGCUCACCAUAUUGUCUUCUGUGCUAGAAAAGCUGGUGGCUCGAAAUGACCGGCUCAGGGACUCCCUGAGCCAGCAGCUGGAUGAGCUGAGCUUGAGCUUGGCUCCGCUUGGGAAGAGCUUCAAUGCGUUUUAUGGGGUGAGAGCACCAAAUAUAAGCAUACCAAAGUACUUGGAGAGGUUAUACAAGUUCACGGAUUGUAGUCCAUCUUGUUUUGUGGUUGGAUAUGUGUAUAUAGACAGGCUAGUGCAUAGGCACCCUGACUCCCUCGUCAUUUCCUUGAACGUGCAUAGGUUGCUGGUUACAAGCGUUAUGGUUGCUUCUAAGAUGCUAGAUGAUGAUCAUUAUAACAACGCAUUUUUUGCUCGGGUUGGGGGAGUAAGCAAUGCUGAGUUAAACAGGCUGGAAUUAGAGUUGCUCUCUCUGUUGGAUUUUGGAGUUGCAGUAAGCUCUCGAGUUUUUGAGUUCUACUGUUUGCACUUGGAAAGAGAGAUGAUGUUCAAUGGCGUAGGACAGAAAAUAGAAAGGGCAAUAACUCCUAGUGCUCUGGACGAUGUGACUGAAAUCUCUGUAGAUGACACACAAAGUUCUUCACCACCGCAGAUAGUGGACUGACCUGCACGUUUUUGCUUCUUUCUCUUGGUUUAUAAAAUCUUGAAUUGUUCUUUCUUGUUUGCAUCAUAUUAUCAUGUAAGAUGGGUGCUUCAAGCCUUCAACUCUGUCGAUUUAUCACAUUGACGAAAUUGAGGGAAAAAAGAGAGGAAAGAGAUGAACUAAAGUUCACAAUAUUAAAGCCACAAAAAAGAAUGAGUGGGGAGCAUUUGGUGGCACUAGUGUAUUUGACUUGGAAUUCAAAUUCCGUGCAAAUUGCAAGUAUCAAUUAGUUGGAAUUCUAAUUAUGAAUUGAUGCACUUGAAACUCUUUGCUAGGUCUUGUAUAUUGUUGGUAUAUUUCGUGCCAAA